AUCGUAAAACAGCUGUUCAGAUUUUUAAAGAAUUAGAAUAUAGCGAUUCUAUUGUUAUAUCUAUUACAAGAUAUAAAACUCAACAAGGGCUUUACUCAUAUAAGCUAUCUAAAUCAAUAUUGCAACAUGAAGGUUUAAAUAAAUUUCUUAAUGUAUUAGAGAUCAUUGAAAAAUCAUAUAAUUUAAUUG